UCUCUGUCAAAGGUCUUGGAUUUAUGAGUUCAUUUGGGCAGUCUGAAAGUGUGAAACUCCAAUGCCCUUGGUUCCUCUUGCGCUCAACUAACAAAUAUUUUAGCAAACACUUGGUGUGCAUUUGGUGAACGCCGUCGACAAUGUUCUCUGCAAUCCUUCACAAGUCUCGCAACUCCACGUGCACCUUUCUUCAACGUUCGAGGAUAUGGUUCUCGAGCAAGAAUCAAGUGAAGACGACCAACCGAAAGAACCUGUACUCUCGCAUCAGUCCUCUCGGAGACCCUUCCGUCAGCGUCGUCCCCAUCCUCGACCACUGGCUCCUUGAAGGCCACGCCGUCAAGGCCCCUGAGCUCCACAACAUUGUAAAAGAUCUCCGCUCUCACAAGCGCUUCAAUCAAGCACUUGAGGUUUCUGAAUGGAUGAGUAGCAAAGCACUAUGCCCAAUAUCAGCAGGUGACCAAGCCAUUCAGCUAGAACUUAUUGGUAGAGUCCGUGGACUGGACUAUGCAGAGAGCUAUUUCCAUAAUCUGAGUGAUCAAGAGAAAACUGAGAAGCUUCAUGGUGCCCUGCUAAGUUGUUAUGUCAGGGAAGGCUUAGUUGAUAAGUCACUCUCCCAGAUGCAGAAGAUGAAGGAGAUGGGUUUCGCUUCUUCUCUCAAUUACAAUAAUAUAAUGUGCCUCUACAUGCGAACAGAUCAACACGACAAAGUCCCUAGUGUUCUGACACAAAUGAAAGAGGACGGUGUGUCUCCAGACAUUUUCAGCUACAAGGUCUGCAUAAACUCUUAUGGUGCAAGAUCUGACCUCGCUAAUGUGGAGAGACUACUGGAGGAAAUGGAAAAUAACAGCUGUAUCGGCACAGAUUGGGUGACGUAUUCUAUGGUUGCUAACAUCUACAUAAAGGCGGGUCUCGAAGAGAAAGCUCUGGCCUACCUAAAGAAAUGUGAGGAUAAGGCAGAUAAAUGCGAUACUCUUGCCUACAACCAUCUGAUUUCACAUUAUGCAACUCUGCGGAACAAGAAAGCUAUGAUGAGACUUUGGGAACUCCAGAAAUCCAACUGCAAGAAGCAGCUCAACAGGGAAUAUAUAACCAUGCUGGGUUCUCUGGUGAAACUCAAGGAGCUUGGUCAAGCUGAAGAGUUGCUUCGCGAGUGGGAAUCGUCGGGCAACUGCUAUGAUUUCAGAGUGCCAAACAUUCUCCUGAUUGCGUAUUCUCAGAAUGGAUUGAUUGAAAAGGCGGAAACAAUUCUCCGAAGCAUGGUUGAGAAAGGGAAAACUCCUACUCCUAACAGCUGGGCGAUCAUCGCGUCUGGUUAUGUAGCGAACAAGAACAUGGAGAAGGCGUUUCAGUGCAUGAAGGAAGCUGUGGCUGUACGAGCCGAGAACAAAGGUUGGAGACCAAAACCUAAUAUCAUUUCCAGCAUAUUGAGUUGGGCUUCUAGCAACAGAGAUGCUGAAGAAAUAGAAGGUUUUGUCAAUUCCUUUAAGAAUGUGAUUCCAAUGAACAGGGACAUGUAUCUAUCAUUGAUCAUGGUAUCCGUUAGAUGUGGUAAGAAAGUUGAUGGAAUUUUAGAGAAUAUGAAAACUGAUAAGAUAGAGCUGGAUGAAGAAAUAUUGAACAUCCUUGGCUCAAGAUUGUAACAAAAUUUUUAUUUCUUUCAAAAGCAACUAAAUAUAAAAUUAUUUGCAAAUUAAA